UCGUGUAGUAUAUAGAGAUAUUGUCAUGUGAGACAGACGUGAAUAUGUCCAAAUCGACCAACAAUCCAGAGACGAGUCUACAAGAUGUAAAGGUUCACGUCAUGAGACAUUCUCGUGACUCUACAAAUGACAAACGGGGAACUCCUAAAGUGUCUAGAAGUGACUUUGUAUAUGUGAAUUCUGCUUACGUUGGUAGUGUCAAUAGUGUUGAUCGUGUUGUUGAGCCGCCUACCAGUGUAAUACGUGAGCAGUAUUGGACGUGUUCAAAAUGGACGUUCGCGCAGAGAAUAAUGGCGAUCGCUGUAGCUGUGCUGACAGGCGCUGUCGUUGGUCUUGCAUUGACCGUGGCGCUGAAGAAAGGUGACACUGACAAUAUACCAGGGUUAUUUAGAAACAACCUAGCACCCGAUUGAUGGCUACCUCAGUAUCAUUAUAAUUAUUAGCAGCUCCUUUGUGUAAAUUAAUUAAAUCUUUCACUAAGGGACUGGUUUAAUCAAUUGAUGACUCUAAAUCAGCAGUUAGUACAUGCUAGUCGAAGCUUGAUAACACAAGGCUCCUGAGUGAGCCCUCGAGCUUAGUUACUCAUAAACGAGGUUAGGCUAAGCGCCAUCUGCGCUCGGCCACUACA